AGAGUAUGCAGAGCUUCAAAUGUUCGACUACGAGCUCCAACUGGAACUACAACAAAUGGAGGAUGAUGAACGUGCACUACUUCCCCAGCAAGUGGGCAGCCAAGGCUUCACCAGGCGUCAUAGAGAAGUUUUUCAUAUACGCUUGAUGAAUGAUUACUUCGGUCAAAAUGGAUGAGGUGGUGGGCGAAUUGCGGAUCACCGAAAUGCUUACCCAUCAUAUUUUCACAUGACAAAAAACUAUUUCUUGUUUAUAUUAUCAAAUAGUCAUCAUAUUUUCUAAUCAUACUAUGC